CUCACCAGCAGGCGGGCAUGCCCGGAUUCUCUUGUUGUCUGACUGUUUUUGCGCCGCGCUUCCUUCACUUCUCGGAACAGUUUCCACCUACCUCUUACAGGACUGACAAGUGCUCAUGCGCCUUUCUCUUUGCCUUCUGUCUCUGGCCGUGCUGGAAUCUAUCAAGGGGCAAACAUUACGCAUUCCGUUGAAGCGGCGUCCUGCUGCCCAGGUGAUUGACUCCAUUCUUGCGCAUCCCCAAAGGCCUUUGCAGGGCACCGAUGAGCCCGGAGAAGGCGAUAUCAUUAUCUCGGAUGUGUCCAAUGCGCAGUACUUUGGAGAGAUAAGCGUGGGGUCGGACCGACAGGCAUUCCAAGUCAUUUUUGACACAGGAUCCUCCAACCUUUGGAUCCCUUCCGAGGACUGCUUGGCGUCCUGCGCCUCAAAGGCCAAGUACGACCACGAUGCCAGCGACACCUACGUGGAAAAUGGGGCCAUUUUCAAGAUCAUGUACGGAAGCGGCCCUGUCCAGGUAGAGUCCCCAACCUCCCUCCCUCCCCUCCCGGCGUUUUUUGGGUUGCCACAUGCGUCCUUCCUCUCCCCCCCUUUCACUACUUUCGUAAUCAUCGCUUACUUCGAGGCCACCGUCCUAAAUUGGUGCUGUCCCCUUCUAUCCAUGUUCUCCUUCUGGCAGGGAUACUUCUCGGAGGACGACGUGGAGCUUGGCGGACUCACCAUCUCCCAGCAGGCCUUUGCCGAGGUGACGGACGCCUCGGGAUUGGGCGCAGCUUUCGCCGCCGGAUCCUUCGAUGGCAUUUUGGGCCUAGGCUUCGACUCCAUCUCCGUGGGCAAGGUCACCACGCCCUUCCACAACCUGAUCAAGCAGGGUCUUGUCGCGGAACCCGUCUUCAGUUUCUACCUUGGGGACAAUGCCCCGGGUGAGCUGACGCUGGGGGGCACUGAUCCGGCCCACUACAAAGGGGAUAUCCACUACGUGCCUCUUAAGUCCGCUACGUACUGGGAGGUCGCCCUCGAGGACGUGCAGGUCCAGGGCCUCUCCCUCACUAAUGUCGACUCCGCUAUCAUCGACUCGGGCACCUCGCUGAUCACGGGGCCCAAGAAGGAGGUGGCCAAACUGGCGAAGCUGGUGGGGGCGACCCGCUUCAUCUUGGGGGAGUACUUGAUCGACUGCAACGCCCAAGGCCCUGACAUCGAUUUUGUGAUCGACGGGCGCACCUACUCACUGAGCGCGGACGACUACAAGAUCCGCGACGGCGGCCUCUGCCUCUUCGCCUUCAUGGGCUUGGACAUUCCCCGCCCCUCCGGCCCCCUCUGGAUUCUGGGCGAUUCCUUCAUGCGCCGGUACUACACGACUUUCAAUUACGAGAAGCAAAGCGUGGGUUUGGCUUUGGCGGCGUAAAGAAUGAGGGGCUGCAUGCAGGAUGAUGCUCGGAUAAAGCUUAGAUAUGUAGAGAUACGUGACUUCGUCUGCUGAUAAAUGUGAUGGCAGUCGGAACACUCCAAAAUGAGAGGAGCGAGGUCUGUUACAAAAUUCGGUCGAGUGGGGUAUGGUGUGUAAAAAGAAGAUUCAUGCGACAGCGAAUUAUUGCCGUAUUGGCACCCAAAAAUUGCGAGCACACACGUCUUCAUUUGUCCGGCUCCGCCUGCAUUACCCUCUCCCACAUUCGGGAUCGAUGGGUGCAGUCACCGCUUGUACGUCACGGUGUGGGAGCAUUAGGAGUCAACAAAGGA